CGAAUUUCCGAAUGGGGACCGCAGUAUAUCGGAAUACCGUGCAAAUCCCUGCCCAGUCCGUAAGCUCACCGUGCCACAACUCUCUCCACAGUGUCUUGACGUAUGCUCCGUCUUACUCUCCAUACGGUAUCACGAUAGUUGAGAGACGUCCCCGAAAAGAAGAUAAAUAGGACCCAUCGGCGCCGCCAAAGAACUCAUCACACAACCACAACUCGACUCAACAAUCCAACCAUUCAAACCAACUACCACACUUCUCCGCAUUCCAACUUUCAAAUCCCUCUCCAAGCAACCAAGCAACCAAUUUCUCAAACCCUACCCAAACCACCAACAAAAUGCCUUUCACCGUCGCCGUCUUCGUCUCCCGCAACCCGGAGCUCACCCCCGCCGAGUUCCAAUCCGCCUACGACCAGUACCUCCCCAAGAUGAAAGAAAUCGUCGGCGACGAGGCCAAGCCCGAUUCCAUCACGCGCUACUACGUGCGCCGCAGCAAGUCGGACGCUUCCAAGCCGCUCUCCUACACCAAGGACGGCGAGGACUUCGAGUACGACCUCGUUGCUUUCUUGAACUUCGCCGACGAGAGCGUCGCCCGCAAGUUCCACGAGAAGUACGCCGAGAACAAGGAGAAGAUUGCGGGGGGCCUGAGCAAGAUUGCGCAGGUGGAGAAGAGCAGGCUUAUUGGCGUUGAGGAGGCUAAGAUCUGAGCGGGAGGUCUUCUGGAUUUGAUUGCGCUUGGCCUUGGGAUAGAGAUAGACUGGGUUUUUCUUUGGUGCUGGGUGUGCGGGAAUUUUGGAUGUAAUUAGACAGACGGCUUAGAGAUGGAAUGAUGCAUUGAAAACACACCCUGCCUCUUUGAUGUUCUUUCGGUGAUGUCUGAUGUUGCUGCCUUAGGGACAGGCGCAGUCCAACGCAGCCUUGGAGGGCUUCGCAAUCCGCCCUCUGCGAAAAGAGUGUAAUUAGAUCAUUAGACUGAUACCGCGCGCUUCU